GCCUUUAUCUAUGUGUCCUACCUAACUAACAUGUCUAUGUAAUAAUUCUUCCUUAACUACUGCCGCCAUGGUGAAUAUUCGUUGCCAUCUGAAAUUAGAGACCUCUACACUUCACUAUUUAGUGUUGUAAUAGGCUUUUAUAUGUAGGUAUAUCAGCAUUCCACGCGCCAUUGGCUAGGGAGAAAUUAUGGCGGCCUUUGUUGACGGGUGCAUAUGCUGACCUCGAAGGUCAUUGCUAGGCAUUCAGCCCUACGGCAGCGUUAGGCAACCCGCAUGCGAGGCGACAAACCAGAAUAGCAAUGACGAGUCGUGAAGCCGUCCAGCGGCACUCCACCCCCUUUCCCCCUAUUCCACUGCCGCCGCGAUCAACCCACCAUGACCCCGGGACGCGAUUCGCGACCACACACAAGGGCCUAUAUUUCCCCGUAGACAUAUAUAUAUACGUUUGAAUGGGGCCUGAGAACGGUCUCCCGGACCUUUAUUAACCCUAGCUAUCAGCCCUCGGGGCGCCUCACCCCUAGCCGUCGCUGCGCCGACGAACGCGUCGUCACGGAAAGAUGCGCUCCCGGCCCCGCACCGCGCUGGCCUGGGUCCUGGCGGCGGCGCCGAUCCUCGGCCGCGGGGCGGCGCUCGAGCGGGUGACGACCGACCUCGGGCCGAACCUGGGCAACGUGGGGUCCGAUCUACAUCUACCUACGUACCAGGCCAGCUGGCGGCCCAAGGUGCAGAUCUUCCACGGCGCGCCGGCUGGGCGACGCCAACUUCGGUAAGCAGGCCAAGCAGCGGACCGCGGUGCCGGGCCAAGGCGACGCCCCCACGCGUGCUGUCCCCGGCUGGAACAAGUACCUCUGCGGCGACGGCGGCCGGCUCCAGGCCCACGGCGCGGCUGGCGUCUCGCACAAAGUCUAACACCGGGAGGCGGUCUUCAUGGAGUGGUUCGACCUCGCCCACACCUGGGACGGCUGCUUCCAAUGGGGGAAAGGAAAUCCGAUCGCUGCGCAGUAACGAGGGAAGGGGGCGGGUUCGAGGGUCGUUUGGCGGUCGCUAUUCUGUGUAUUAGUCUUCGCACAGAUGGGUCUGCUCGCCUCGUGGGCCAUCGGUUCGGGGAUUUCUCUGGGAAAUUAGGAUCGCGUCGACCUGCGAACGCCACUCUCCCUGACACUCCUUUUAU